CUGAUUGCUGCACUUCUUACUUUCCUUUCACUUUUCAGCUGACUCCGGCCACGGCAGUUAAAAGCAUUUGUUAUCAGUAUUUAACUCAAAUGUUAUCAGUGUAUUGACCUUAAUUAGUUUCUAAUAGAUAGUGCAAUGAUUAGCGAUGAUUGUGUGCACAAGAUAGAACUAGAUAAUCUAGAGAACGGCGAAAUUAUAAAGCACACGAUACUACUAAUUAAGGGGCACAUUCGUCAACAGCGACAGGCAAAAAAGUGUAGAGAGCAACACAUUUUACUACGAGUAAGGCACGAUGAUAGCGUUCUAGAGGCAACUUGGGAGUUGCAGAUACAAUCGAAAAUUUCCAGAACCGGCCAGUUCAAACUACUUUGUGAUUUUGCUCAGCAUGAACUCGAGACAGUCUGCACACGAACACCACUGAUACUAAAUUUUAGUUACUGCAACAUUGUGUAUCAGUGUGAGAUCCUGUAUGAAUCUACCGCUUACAGCAAAAACAGUUACAGUCUGCAAGCAUUGUACAUCACAUGUGUGAAUCAGAAGUCUUUAGCGGCGGAGCAAGUGCUUGAAAAUUGUGAAAAAAUCAAUUUGAAUCUACGCUUGGUGCAGUCUGUAUAUGCCGAACAGUUGCGAUCUGCUGGUUACGGUAGAAGAACUUUUACAUUGAACAGCGAUUGUAAAGUAUUUGAAUCACGUUUAACAUGUGAAGAAGUUUGGGAGCAGUCUGAAGAAAGUUUGUGGCAAAAUUUUGCAAAAGAAAUACUUAACUCGUCUACUUGGAGUGGUGAGGAAAAAUUGAAAUUUGUUGCGUUCAUUGGUUGUACAAAAUAUGAUGGUGCAGCCGUAGCAGUCUCAGGAGAUUUCUCUUAUUCAAACAUACGUAAACAUUUGAAGGGCCACGCAGCCCUAGGUGGUGGUGGUCUAGCGCUUUUUGGUGCAGCCUAUUUAUAUGCAUGGCCACAGAGCUUUAACGAAAUCAACGCAUGUUUUGGCAGCAACAAGUUGGUUGAUCUGACACAAUUACCAGACGAUAGCAACUAUCGGCGUACAUAUGGCGGUGUUUAUGCAACUACUUUAGGUGCCGUAGUGCAUGAAAUUGGACACACUUUCGACUUGGGUCAUACUAGAGAUGGUGUGAUGGGCAAUGGUGUCGAUUAUAUUAAUCGUGUUUUUACAAUAGACAAUUUGACCGAACAUCUACCGGAUAGAAUCAUACAGCGACCGUUGCCAGAACUGUGUAUUGAAAUCGCGACGCGUCCACGUUUCACACAACUCAAACGUGCCACAAACACGUUUUUGGAAAAGUAUCACGAACAGAAGAUAAAUGACUCAUUUUAUUUUACGCCAAAUUGUGUAAUUAUUUUAUCUUAUAAUAAAUGGUUUGGAAAUUCGAACGACUGUAAUGCUGAAGAGAAUACGGCUGAUGUUCCAAUAACCUAUGAUGCUGUUAAUAGCUGUGUGAUUGUUGAAGGACACGAGAAUCCACUCUGUCUGAUAGAGGUGCGCAGUGUUGAUAACAGUUUAGUGAAAUAUUGGUAUGAGCCGCAGUCAAACAAAGAGUGCAGUGAAGUUUAUAAAUUCUACUUGCCAAAGGAAGCGCUCAAAGCGCUCGGAGAGAGUCAUUAUUUGUUUGUGUUAACACGGUCGGGCAUAACAAAGCGUUUUUGUGAGCAUUAAAAUUGUUUCAUACAAUGAAUAUUAAAUGUGUAUAAGUGUUCACUGUGCUUCAAAAAUUACAAGCAUGGCUAUUUCACCGAAAUGAAUCUAAAACUGAACUCGAAUGGUUUGAAGGAAUUCAAUAUUUAUUUACAUUGCAGUAAAGUUUUUUGAUUAAAAACAAUAUAUACAUAUGUAUGAAUAUUCUUUUGAUGGUAAACAAAUCGGUAAUCAGAGUCACAAUAUCAACACUCACAAGCAUACACACGCACUUACAGCAAUAUAACACAAAAUACAUAUGAAAUAGUAAUCUGUGCUAUAAUAAGCCUCACAUACAUACAUACCUACAUAUGUAUGUAUUUACAAUAAUUACAACAAUAGUUGACUGAAGUGGAGCUACUCGAAAGUAACCGCAAAACAAGAGAGCAACCUUUCUUUGAAAACCUUGAUGAACUAAAAAAACGAGUUAAUUGUGUAUUAGCGUUUAAUCAGCAGUUUGCUAGUUGUCGCCUUGACGCCGCCAAAGUCACACUCACGCAAGUAGUUUGCCAGCCACGUUAGCAGUUUGAAAAAAAAUUUAAGACGAAAGCGCGACUCAAUCAUCGAUAGUUUAGUAAGCUACUAAAACAAUAGCAACGAAAGCUUAUUCAUCAGCUGACAUCACAGCCUCUAAGAA